CAAAUUCUGCACUAUCACAAUCAAAGUGGCUGUUUCUUGAAAACAGCUGUUUCAAAUUGGGCAUGAAAGUGGGGCUCUGAAAAUUCAUUCUUGUGGGUCCUUUUAUUUUCUUCUUCAUAUUUGCUAUCCACAGCCUGUUAAGAGCCUAGCUGUGGAGUAGGAGUAGAGUAGCCACUGAAAAGGCUCUUCUUGAUUGUGUUUGAAUUGGGUCUUCUUGUUUCUUCCUUCUGGUUCACACCCAUUUCAAAAGAUCCAAUUUUUCACACUAUGAAGCUCUUCUUGAUGGUGUUUUCAUGGUGGCAUUGAGGUUCAUACUCGUUACGUCCGUCUAACUCACACAUCCGGCAUAGGCGUUGCACUCUUACCACUGAACCAAAGCCCCUGGGAGCAUUUCCAAUCUGAAGUCUGGAGGAAAGUAGUUAGCUCAGAUCUUUUCUAACAAUAUUUUUUCUAGUUGUGGUGUUAAUCAUAGUUUAUCAGUAGUUUCCUGUGAUUUUUCAGUCAAGAAAGCUUUUUCUCUAUCAAGAUUGCUCUAGAUAGUUGAUAAAGGUCUAUAAUUCUAUAGUGUAGGUUCUCAAUAUCAUCUGGGGAAUUGGAACUUUGCUUAUUCAGUUACUUAGAAAUCGACAUUGAGGCAUAGUUAUUGUUGUUGUUGUAACUGCCUUUGAAAGAAGAAAUUCAAAAAGCUGUCUUUAGAGUUUUAAUUUUCUUGUAGAAUUGGAGUUUAGAUUUAGCAAUAGGCUCUUUAGGAUGGUGAAUUUGAGAACAAUGUCAUGGAUUCCUUUAGUUCUAGCUGUAGUUGUGUCUAGUUUUUCGACUCAGGACUCGAAUGCUGCCUUCAUUCCUGCUGAUAACUACUUGCUCGCGUGUGGAUCAUCACAAAAUGUGACCUAUAUCGGCCAGACAUAUGUUCCUGAUUCUCUGCAUUCUUCAGGUGCUUUAGAAAGUACAGAAAAUUCUAUUGCUGAAACGUCCAAUUCUACUGCUCCGUUUUCAAUCUAUCAGUCAGCCAGAAUUUUCCAUAGUACGGCGUUUUACAAGUUUGAUAUUAAGCAAGAAGGCCACCAUUGGAUCCGUCUCUAUUUUUACCCUCUUCCAGGGCACAACUUAACGUCUGCCUCAAUCACAGUGGUCACAGAAAAUUUUGUUCUGUUGAACAAUUUCAGUUUCAAGAGCUAUAAUGGAUCAUACCUUUUUAAGGAAUACGCGAUCAAUGUCAAUUCAGAUAGUUUGAUUCUUGCUUUGAUCCCUUCAAACAACUCUGUUGCAUUUAUCAAUGCCAUCGAAGUUGUAUCAGUACCUGAUGAAUUGAUACCUGAUCAAGCAGUGGCUUUAUCUCCCGUAGCACCUUUCAGUGGCCUUUCUGGACUAGCCCUCGAAACUGUUUAUCGUCUAAACAUGGGCGGUCCUCAUCUCACUGCUCUGAACGAUACCUUGGGAAGAACGUGGGAGAAUGAUGUGAAGUACUUGCACGUCAAUAGCUCAGCGGUGAAUGCUUCAGUUAACCCAUCAAGCAUAAAGUAUCCGGCUACUAUAACUCCUGAAAUAGCACCGAAUUGGGUUUACGCUACUGCUGAAACCAUGGGAGAUGCAAAUGUACCUAAUGUGAAUUUCAAUAUCACUUGGGUGUUCCCUGUUGAUCCGAACUUCAUGUACUUCAUGCGGGUACAUUUCUGUGAUAUUGUGAGCGAAUCUUUGAAUAGUCUUCUGUUCAACCUAUACAUUAAUAAUGACGCUGCUCUAUUGGACCUAGACUUGUCAAACUUAGCUGGAAAUUUGGAUGUACCGUUAUACAAGGAUUUUGUCUCCAAUUCCUCGGUAAAUUCAAGUAUUCUGACAGUGAGUGUUGGUCCAGAGGUGAGCGCUGAUUGGAUAAAUGCAAUUAUGAAUGGACUGGAAAUCAUGAAGAUCAGCAAUGAAGCUAGAAGCUUGAGUGGGGUUCAAUCUGUUGAGACUCUCUUUAUGUUGCCUCACAAAAAGAACAAGUUAGUUGUCAUUAUUGGUUCGGCCUUAGGAGCAUCAGCUGUUUUGGCGCUUAUUGCGUUGUGUUGUUGCUUUUUUAUAGCUCGAAGAUCAAAGACUUCCAACCAAGGACACCCAUGGAUUCCGUCCUUGUAUGGGAACUCUUUAACUUUGACGAAAACAACAGCUUCUCGGGGAACAGCAAGCUGCAUCUCCUUGGCUUCACCGAAUGUUGGACGAUUCUUUAGUUUCCAAGAAAUAAUGGAUGCAACAAACAAAUUCGACGAAAGCUUGCUACUUGGUGUUGGUGGUUUUGGUAGGGUCUAUAAAGGAACAAUGGAAGAUGGGACUAAACUUGCUGUCAAAAGAGGAAAUACAGGAUCUGAACAAGGUAUAGCUGAAUUUCAAACUGAGAUUGAAAUGUUGUCCAAACUUCGCCACCGUCACCUCGUGUCUUUGAUUGGCUAUUGUGAUGAGAGGUCGGAAAUGAUUCUUGUUUAUGAAUACAUGGCAAAUGGUCCUCUCAGAAGUCAUCUUUAUGGAACAGAUCUCCCACCUCUCUCGUGGAAGCAGCGUCUUGAGAUUUGUAUUGGUGCUGCCAGGGGGCUGCAUUACCUCCACACAGGUGCAGCUCAGAGCAUCAUUCACCGCGAUGUUAAAACCACCAACAUACUUUUAGACGAGAACUUUGUGGCUAAAGUUGCUGACUUUGGUCUUUCUAAAGCUGGACCGGCUCUUGAUCAGACACACGUAAGUACUGCUGUUAAGGGUAGCUUUGGAUACCUUGAUCCUGAAUACUUCCGGAGGCAGCAGCUCACAGAAAAAUCAGAUGUCUAUUCAUUUGGUGUUGUUCUAAUGGAAGUUCUCUGCACCAGACCUGCAUUGAAUCCAGUCCUUCCACGCGAGCAAGUCAAUAUAGCCGAGUGGGCAAUGAUUUGGCAAAAGAAAGGCAUGUUGGAUCGGAUAAUGGACUCGAAUCUUGAAGGGCAGGUGAAUCCAGCCUCCCUGAAAAAGUUCGGGGAGACAGCUGAGAAGUGUUUGGCUGAGUACGGAGUUGAUAGACCUUCAAUGGGGGAUGUGUUAUGGAACCUAGAAUACGCUCUUCAGCUUGAAGAAGUCUCAUCAGCAUUGUCAGAGCCCGAUGAUAACAGCACAAACCAUAUCCCUGGCAUACCAUUGACACAAGUUGAGCCAUUCGACAACAGUGUUAGCAAUAUCGAAGGGAUAGUUAACUCAGGAACAGAUGAUGAUGCAGGGGAUGCUGCUACUAAUUCCGUUUUCUCUCAGCUGGUAAAUCCGCGAGGAAGAUGAGGAGAAAUACUCCCUCGUAUAAGUGUUUGAGUGUAGUAUUGAAUCAAAUUUUUCGUACUAAAAUGUUUGAGUGUGUAUUGUAUAUGAUUGAUGUACCUAGCAUAUACGAAGAAAUUCAUCGUUCAAAUACUGCCAUUUGUAGUAAUGUUUCCAUUGUUAAAUAGGUGAUGCAUUGCCCUAUUUAUCUGAUAGAUAGUCAUGAAUAUGUAUUUGUAAAAGCAUUAUAAAUUGUAUCCAUUCAUAGAUAACAAAUAUUAAGCAUAUGUUGCCAUA